GCGGUCACCACUGCGAGCCCACCACCUGCCACUCCUCUCCACGUCUAAUUCUCCCAGACUCAGCCUGCGGAAGCUCUGCUGGAACGCCCCUGCCACUCGUGGCUCCACAGUAGCCGCCCUGGACCACCCUUUUCCCCGACUCCCGGGAAGAAGACCGUACGUUCUACACGUUUCUGGUCCACGGAGGGUGUGAGGCGAAUAUUUGGAGCCCGUUUUACGACAACUUGCGGCCGCGCGGUGCGGCUGACGGCAACGCCGCGCUGCUCUUGGAGAGGUCACUUCGGAGACGGCGCUUGUUUUGGGGUUUGGGGGUUAGCGGCAGUAUGUGGCGCGUCUGUGCGCGACAGGCCCAGAAUGCAGCCCCGAGGGCAGGAUUUGGGGCUCGGUGGACGGCCUUGCGGGAGGAGCCGGGAGCUCGGUGCGUGACCCCGCAGGCUGGCUCGGUUCCGGCUCGUUGCAGCAGCAGGACCACAGGGUAUGGCAGGGUCCGGGCACUCUGCGGCUGGAGCCCCAGCUCCUGGGCCACACCGCGGAAUCGCGUCUUGCUGCAGCUUUGGGGAUCUCCUAGGCGCCGCUGGUAUAGCCUCCCACCGCAUCAGAAGGUUCCAUUGCCCUCUCUUUCCCCCACAAUGCAGGCAGGCACCAUAGCCCGCUGGGAGAAAAAGGAAGGGGAAAAAAUCAAUGAGGGUGAAUUAAUUGCAGAGGUGGUUCUUCCUGCCCUCUCUCCCACCAUGACCAUGGGCACAGUUCAGAGAUGGGAAAAAAAAGUGGGUGAGAAGCUAAGUGAAGGAGAUUUAUUGGCAGAGAUAGAGACUGACAAGGCCACUAUAGGUUUUGAAGCACAGGAAGAAGGUUACCUAGCAAAAAUCCUGAUCCCUGAAGGUACAAGAGAUGUCCCUCUAGGAACCCCACUCUGUAUCAUUGUAGAAAAAGAGGCAGAUAUACCAGCAUUUGCUGACUAUCGGCCAACUGAAGUAACUGAUUUAAAACCACCAGCAGCACCACCUACCCCAUCCCCGGCAGCCCCUGUUCCUCCAACUCCCCAACCUGUAGCCCCUACACCUUCAGCCACCCGCCCAGCUGCUCCUGCUGGACCAAAGGGAAGGUUGUUUGUUAGCCCUCUUGCAAAGAAGUUGGCAACAGAGAAAGGGAUUGACCUUACACAAGUAAAAGGGACGGGACCAGACGGCAGAAUCAUCAAGAAGGACGUCGACUCCUUUGUGCCUACUAAAGCUGCUCCUACUCCAGCAGCUGCUGUGUCUCCCCCGAGUCCAGGAGUGGCGCCGGUUCCUACAGGUGUCUUCACAGAUAUCCCCAUCAGCAACAUUCGCCGAGUUAUUGCACAGCGGUUAAUGCAAUCUAAGCAAACCAUACCUCAUUAUUACCUUUCUGUUGAUGUAAAUAUGGGAGAAGUUUUGUUGGUACGGAAAGAACUUAAUAAGAUGUUAGAAGGGAGAAGCAAAAUUUCUGUCAAUGACUUCAUUAUAAAAGCUUCAGCUUUGGCAUGUUUAAAAGUUCCUGAAGCAAAUUCUUCUUGGCUGGACACAGUUAUAAGACAAAAUCACGUUGUUGAUAUCAGUGUUGCAGUCAGUACCCCUGCAGGACUCAUCACACCUAUUGUAUUUAAUGCACACAUCAAAGGACUGGAAACCAUUGCCAGUGAUGUUGUUUCUUUAGCAACCAAAGCACGAGAGGGUAAACUACAACCACAUGAGUUCCAGGGUGGCACUUUUACGAUCUCAAAUUUAGGAAUGUUUGGAAUUAAGAACUUUUCUGCUAUUAUUAACCCACCUCAAGCAUGUAUUUUGGCAAUUGGUGCUUCAGAGGAUAGACUGGUUCCAGCAGAUAAUGAAAAAGGAUUUGAUGUGGCUAGCAUGAUGUCUGUUACACUCAGUUGUGAUCAUCGGGUUGUGGAUGGAGCAGUUGGAGCCCAGUGGCUUGCUGAGUUUAGAAAGUACCUUGAAAAACCUAUCACCAUGUUGUUAUAAUUAACCCAAGAAUUUCUAGACUUUCCCAGGUCACACUGGUUCAUUCUUACCAAGAUAUAAAUAUAUUAUUAAACGGUGGUUCUCUUUUUAUUUUAAGGUUAACCAGUUACUUUUGAGUCUGUCCAGAUAAGUUAUUUGUAAUGGGCAUUACUGAACUUUUUAAAAUGCCAAUUACAUCCAAAUAUUGUGCACAUUUAAUCAAUACCAAAUUUUAAGCUGUAUACUCCUAGUCAAGGGGCAUGCGGCUUAGCCCUUUGGUGAUAAGGACUUCCACUGGGGAAUGUAGAGGUAGAAUUGUGGUUACCUAUUGAGACAGGCACAUAAAAGUAACCUUGAUGAGAUCUUGAGGUUUUGAAAUUUAAUUACCUCAAACGUUUUGUUUAGAUUUGAGAAAAAGAGAAAAAGUCGGGAAAAUUAGUUCUCUUGCAGAAAGGGUUUGAAUUGAAGCUUGAUUUUGGAACAUAAACCUAAUUUAAAAUUUUCUGUUACAUAAUCUCGGUUUAUCAUGGAUGGGAAGCAUAGAGAACUUCAAGGAAAAUAAGUGAAAUUUUAAAAGUCAACAUUUUCUUAGAACUGUUCAACCAGCUGUUCUUUGUUUAUCUUUCUAUGAAUUCAGAAAUGGUUGUUUUCCCCUCUUGAGAUGAAGAUAUAAAUAUGAGCCAGCUACUUGGUAUAAGUGAGAAUUUGUGUGGGUAUCUAUUUAAACAAUUGAAAUGUGUCUUUCUGAGAGCAGAAUUCUAUAAUUACCUCCAAAUAAAAGAAUAUGCUUAUAGAAUUUAACAGAGUGAAGUUGUGAAAGUAGAAUUUUUCCUCCAAAAUUAACUGGUGGUUACUUGCAAAUGAACUUAAUUACCAGGAUUUAUUACUUAAAUAACUUUGAAAAACUAUAUCAAGUAACUAUGGAAUUAAGUAUGCAUAAGUAAACUGUGUUUCCUAGUGAGAUAUAUGCCAAAGUCCAUUUAUCACCACGUUCUGUCUGAAAAGAAGAGAGGAGAGAUACGCUGGUGAACAGUUUGGAGUGAUAAAAGAUGAUGACCAAAACGAAGUGGUUAGUUCUACUUGGAUAAAGUGAAAAAUGUUAAAUGUGUACAAAAAAAGCGUUCUGUGUUUUUCCACCCCAGUGUUGUCUCGUGUAAAAUAAGAAAGCCCUAAAAUCCUAUCGGAGAGAAAAAAAUUAUUUAGGCUGUUUGCUACCUUAUCAGCCUAAAUAUUUUUUUUUCCAUUUUGUUACGAUUUGCCUUUCUUUGGGGGGGUGGAUGGUGGUGAUAUUCAGGAUAAUAAAAAUGAAUUAGAAACAUCACAAUUCUAGACUUUCUAUUGAAUUGAUGUGUUUUAAUAAAUAUUUGGAAUUGUAAUAUGUGGAGCUGUUCCCUGAAAUUUAGGUCUUUCAAUGUUGAAUCUAUUUCUAAAUGUUCAUUAUUUCAUGGUGCACAAGUGACACUCCAUAUAUUCCAGAAAUAUUUUCCUUGCUGUAUUAUUAUGAAAACAAUUCAAUACAUUAAUCUGAUUUUUCAGUAAUUAGUAAUUUUAGCUUGAACUGAAGAUUAUGCAGAAGGAACAAACUUAUGACAAGGGACCAUCACCAGUAUGAGCCAUAUCUGGUUCAAAUACAUGAAACUUCAAAGAUAUCUCAUACUUUGCUAAUGUUUAUGGCUCUAUUGUUCCCUUGAGAGAAAAAUAAAAAGUUGCAUUCUAAUAAAAAUUGUUCUGAGUUAAAAAUUAAUCUGAGCUAUAACCUAAAUCUGGAUUCAGUCUAUUUUUCUUACCAGAACUGAACGAACAAAAGUUAG